UAAGACGAUAAGCCCACGUUGCACAGGAACUCACACACUUAUGUCUUUUCCCCAUUAAUUAUCUUCUUUCCUUCUCUUUCUCUCUCUUCUCCUUUCCUCCAUAUACUAGAGCUAAACCAUGGCAGCUUCUACUUUGAUCACCCCAACUUCCAAGCUGAAACCCCUUUCCCCAACGCCAAUCAAGUCCAAGCUCGUCACUGCCACCAUGACCUCGGUUGCCCCAUCAACGUCCGCCUCGGCCUCUGCUCCCACUAUCCUAACCCGGCGACAACUCACCAUUACUGCAGUCACUGCUGCCAUUCUCUCUCCUCUAAUCUCACCCUCUGCGCAAGCCGCUGAAGACGAGGAAUAUGUGAAGGAGACCCAAGAGGUGAUCAGCAAGGUUCGGACUACGCUGACUAAGGAUAAAACUGACCCUGAUGUGGCUGAUGCUGUAGCAGACCUCAGAGCCACUUCCAACUUCUGGGUGGCUAAGUAUAGGAAAGAGAAAUCCCUUCUAGGCCGGCCAUCAUUCCGGGAUAUGUAUUCCGCCCUCAAUGCCGUCUCCGGCCAUUACAUUAGUUUUGGCCCUACUUCUCCAAUACCUGCAAAGAGAAGAGCUAGAAUCUUGGAGGAGAUGGACAGUGCAGAGAAGGCUCUACUAAGAGGAAGAUGAGCUUCUUUUUCUUUUUCUUUUAUCCACCUCCCUUUUGUCCUUUAUUUGUAUUCAUAAUUUUACCAUAAUCUAUGUACCGGAAAUCUAUGUUUGAGGUUAAGGUGAGAUGUGAAUUGUUACAAGUAAUAUAUGGAUUCUUGCAAUCGACCUUAUUCGUAGCA